AGAAAAGGAGAAAAAAAGAAGGAAAAAGAAACCAGAAGCGAGGAGGAGCUGGGAAAAUUGAGAAGAAGAGAAUACGGAGGAGGAAAGCGAUUCCGGUUAUAAAAGUUGGUUUUUAAUUUUCCACCAAAAUUUCUUUCUUUUCCCCUUCCACCAUGAUUAAAUGGCCAUAGGGCCUCUGCUGCUUCAACAACACCACCACCACCAAUUCGUAUUCCUCCGCCAUACCUGCGGCGUCUCCCCUCUUUUCUUCUCCUCCGCCUCUUGCCUCCUCCCGGUCGCCUUCCUGCGCCGAUUGGCCUCUUCUGCCUCCUCCGCAACCGCCGCCGCCGCUGCUUCCGUCUUCUCUCCACGCAAGUCCAAACCUAACCACCAUCUACAUCAACAGCGACCGAAGCAGAAACCGCAAUCCCAGCCGCUGCCUUCCCCACCGCCGCUGCUCUACCACCGGUUGAGGUCAUUAGCACCCACACCCGACACGCUGGCUCAGAAGAUCGGGAAAUCGAUUCGGCGCCCUGGUGCGCCUUCUAAGGCUAGGGUUUAUCCCGAUGUUAACGUUAUCCGGCCUAAGGAGUACUGGGACUAUGAGACGCUUACCGUUCUGUGGGGGGAACAAGAUGAUUACGAGGUGGUGAGGAAGGUUGGCAGAGGAAAAUACAGUGAGGUUUUUGAAGGUGUUCAUUGCACUGAUAAUGAAAAAUGUAUCAUUAAGAUACUUAAGCCUGUUAAGAAGAAGAAGAUCAAGAGGGAGAUAAAAAUCCUGCAGAAUCUAUGCGGAGGGCCUAACAUAGUGAAGUUGCUUGAUAUUGUUAGAGAUCAGCAAUCGAAGACACCAAGUCUUAUAUUUGAAUAUGUGAAUAACACUGAUUUCAAAGUACUUUAUCCAACACUUCAGGACUAUGAUAUUCGAUACUACAUCUACGAACUUUUGAAGGCACUUGAUUAUUGCCAUUCACAAGGUAUUAUGCAUCGUGAUGUCAAGCCCCACAAUGUAAUGAUUGAUCAUGAGCAGAGGAAACUCCGUCUCAUAGAUUGGGGCCUUGCAGAGUUCUAUCAUCCUGGGAAAGAAUACAAUGUUCGUGUUGCUUCAAGGUACUUCAAAGGCCCUGAGCUUCUUGUUGAUUUGCAAGACUAUGACUACUCUUUGGAUUUGUGGAGUCUUGGUUGUAUGUUUGCUGGAAUGAUAUUCCGUAAGGAGCCAUUCUUCUACGGUCAUGAUAAUUAUGAUCAACUGGUCAAAAUAGCAAAGGUAAGAGUGAAAGAAGAAGAAAAAAAAAAACAUAGCAGGGACAGCCUUUUAUUAUGUCCUGUUCGGUGGGUUUUGGUUGUGGGGAAGCAUGGCCGGAAACCAUGGAUGAAAUUCAUCAACUCUGAGAACCAGCAUUUGGCAGUUCCUGAGGCAAUCGACUUUGUAGACAAAUUGUUGCGGUAUGACCACCAAGAGAGACCAACUGCAAAAGAAGCGAUGGCACACCCGUAUUUCUACCCAAUUCGAAAUGCGGAAAGCAGUAGAAGUCGAUCUUAGGCUUCGUCGAUGUUUCCUCUUUCGCAGAGUAUGCAGUCGACAAAAUUUGGCCGGCAGCAUGAACUCGGUAUGAAGGGAGUCACGAAUGUAAUUUGAGCUUUUUCUUUUUCCCGACAAUGUGUUUUGUUUUCAUUGUUUGUGGCGUUGAGCUUUUACUACCCUUCUUUCCCCAGUUGUGAUUUCCCAACCCCCUUUCAAUUCUAAAUCUUUAACAUUUAUGUUUGGUUUGACUGACAACUCCAUUUCUUUGAAUUUGCAACAAAUGUUUUUGUAAUUGCUGGUGCCAGGAAUCCUUGUGGCUGCACUGCUGAUUUCCUUGUCGUUUAGAUUUGAUUUUAGGUUUUCUUUGUGUUUUUUGUUUUAUGAAUGAAUAUGGUUGUACUUUUGUACCACAAACCAUUUCGAAAUUAAUCAAAAUGUUUGAAGAGAGUGAAU